AGCGACGAUCAACGAUAGGUCAUAGUAAGGACAACCACGACAGCCCUGGAUGAUGGCCCACGGAUAGCAAAGCGAUAGAGGAAGGAGGUUGAGACGACAACCACGGCAGAAAAACACACUCAGACAUACUCGGUGCAGAAGGAGCGCGUCGCCGACAUUCCACCCUGGCAGCGCCAGCGCCCAACCGAAGCAUCACGGACGGUGGCCAGAGCACCUCCAUUUCCCCACGCCCUCGUCUUGAUCGUUCUCCAUUUGUGCUUCCUCCACCUUAGCACCUCCUCUCCGUCAUUUUCCUCUCUCCCUCGACUAUCCUAGAGCGAACGAGCGUCGUACGCCCUGAAGUCUAGUUAGGAGGAUACCAGGGAGGGACAACCACCGUCCCUUACGACCCAGCCUGGUGCAUUUUGCGCCGACUCAAAACACACCGUUUUCCUCUCUCUCUUGACUAGCGCCAAAGAAUGACGCCCUGAGGUCUAGCUAGCUCCUCAUACCAGACCGCCCCUUACAAUCCAGCCCUUGCCUCGGCACAUUCGCAACCUCCCUCGCCUGAACCGCCAUUGCAUACCUCCCCCUCCGCCCUCCUUCCUCCUCCCCCGGACUGCCCCCUGAACGUUCUUAGUUUCUUAGCCACUUUGGCAGUCCGCGGAUGCGUUAGAAAUAGGGCCAGAACGCUUGCGGGUGGAGAGUGCAUAGCGGUCUGUAGUCAGAAACGCUGUGGACGCUGGUAGCUCGCAUCACCACCUCUCGCCGCAAUCUCCGUUUUCACGUUCGCGUUAUACUAUUGCGCCAAGCGCGCCGCUUACCUCGCGACCGAUCGUCCUAACUAGCGAGGAAUCGUCCCUAGUCAGACGCCUGUUUGUGGCCGUUGAGUAUUUUAUCUGAGGUUCGAGGUUCCCUUUGGAGAACGACGAUGCUGAGAGAAGGUUCGCACCAAGCGCGAGGGAUGCAAGGAUCGGCGAAUUCGAUGGCACGGCACCAGCAACCGUUGCGACCGUUGCGACCGUUACGACCCCACAUUGCACCCAGUCGCAUACUAACACCCACACUUCCAUCAUCAUCACUUCAAGCGCCGCUUGCGCUCCUACUCCUCUCCUCCAUCCUCCUCUUGGGCGCGCAUCUCACGCACGCAGCAGCGCCAUCGUCGUCAUCAGCAGCAGCUCUCGCCACGCCAACACCCACCAAGUGCGACAUGUCCGUCGGCGAGUGGCGCUACUCCAAGAACUACCCUCGUUACGUCUCCUGCCCGUACGUACGCUCCAUAUUCAACUGCCGCGGCAACGGCCGCCCGGACCGGCUGUACGAGAAGCAGCGGUGGGUGCCGGAUAAGUGCAGCCUGCCGCGGUUCAGCGCCAAGGCGUUUCUGGCCCAGAUGCGCGGCAAGACGGUGGGGUUCGUGGGGGACUCGCUGAUGAGCAACAUGUGGGAGAGCUUCGUGUGCCUGCUGUACGCCAGUGGCGUCAAUCUCAGGCUGGUUCAAAAGCGGUAUGGUGGUUACCGUUACGUGGGAUUCUUCAUUGCGUCAUCCAACACCACUAUCGUAUACCGCUUCUCGGCGUACCUUAUGCAAGCAGUCACGAAUUCCACGAAGACCGCCAGCGGGCGAGGCAAACACGGUUACAAUGUUGACCUGGACGUCGUCGACCCAGCGCUAAUGGGAGCUGUCCCAAACAUGGAUGUUGUCGUGCUGACAAGUGGCACGUGGUGGCAGGCGAAUGUUCCCGGGAGGGUACAGUCAAACGUAUAUAAGAUAAAGGGACAGCAAGUGUUUCUCAAGGACCUGAAUGCGCAUAAAUAUUCGCUCAACACUCUUCGAAAUUACCUCGGAACAUAUAGGUCAAGGCUCCUGCCAUACUUCAUAUCAUUGUCGCCCUCUCAUCGAUGGGAUUCAUCCUAUGCAUCAAAGCCAGGUGUAUGUGGAGCAGACCGUCCAUUGACCCCCACUGCUGCUGCCAUUGUACUUGGCAGCUCAACCACCACACUUGACUACGUCUCAGCCCAAAGAGCAGCAUUCUCGUCCCCCAAUCCUGUACGCUUUAUAGACGUCACUGCCAUUUCUACAGCACGACCAGACGGGCACACUGGAGUAUGGGGGGUAUUAGGUGGUGGAGGGACGCUUGCUGAUGGGGAGGCUGAUGAUACCAAAAGCAGCAGCACAACGAUGCCUGGAGCGUUGAAUGGCACAGCUGCUGGGAAACCAAGAACUACAAUGCAAUCGCAACCAGACUGCAGGCACUGGUGCUUACCUGGGGUUCCGGAUUCAUGGGUGGAUGUCACAGCAGCUGUAUGGCUGAGAGAGCCGUCCUUGCUGGCGAAGUGAAUAACGGCCAGGCAGGAGCCAACACCAAGGGUGUUUUCCAUAAUAAGGCCAAGCCAUAGCCUGCAACGUGCAAGACCGGCGGAAACGUGCAACAUGCUGCUUUUGUGAACAAAAAAACGUCUGUUGACCUCUAUAGAAAAGAGUGAUACAAUCUUAGCUGGGGAACGAGUAUUGUCCAGCCACUAUAGAUACCAC